AAUUCUCUUCAUUGCACUGGCUGCAUUAAUCAAUGAGCCGCCAAGUUAACCUUCCGAAUCGGGCAAUUCUUAUAACAAUGAUGAUAGUGUCGUGUCAGCAUAAUAGAGGUGCAGUUUGCCACACUUCCUGGGUGGAGUUUACAGAUUUUAAUAAGCGGGAAUUGGACGGUGGAUUACACGCUUUGUAAAAGAAAGUGGUGGUAGCAAAUCAGCUAAUCUCCUUGGGUUGGUUACAAGGUCAUCCACUCUUCUUCGCACAAGCACAGCUGCUGGACUCACUGAAAUCACGAAACUCUCUGUGUCUAUUACUGAAUGAUACAAGGUCGGGACGUAAAACGGAGGAGACGAUGUCAAUUUCUCUAAAUUCUGCUGUUGGCUUCAACUCAACGCACUUGAAAUAAGGUGAUUUUGCUCGUGAAAGUUCAUUGAAGCUAUUCGUAAAAAAAAGUAACAGCAGCCUUAAUAUCUAUGCACUGGAUUAUUUCAAUUGAUGCGGUUUAGACAUUUUUGGUGACUGUUAUUUCUCGAGAUUAUUUACCGAAGUUUUUCUCCGUUAAAAGCUGCAAACCAAAUACCAUCAUGUGUCUAGACCAAAGGCCGCCUCCUUGGGUAUGCUUGCUUCAAGGAUACAAAUAAAUGGAAGAAGAAGAGGGUUAUUUGUUUCAGCUGUGGAUAAUGAUCGUCUUGUCACAGACACCGGCGUUAAGGGUCAUGGAGGUGCUGAGAGCUCAAUUUAUGACAAUCAGCUGUCAGCAGUGAAUUCCCCAAUUGAGGAUUCUCCAGUAGGAAACAAUGUUGGUGAGGAGUCAGGACCUCAAACCUCUGGAGCUUCCAAUAGCUCAACAAUUUCGGUGGAUAUGAAGUCUAGGCCAAAAAGGUCGCCUCUAACAGCAAGAGAGAGACUAAAGGCUGCGAGAGUUAUCAGCCGUUACACAGAAUCAAAGACAUCAAAAUCAGAGAUGGGCAGGAAAGUAUUGGAUGCCCUGAGAGAGAGUGACAAGGGCAAGAAAAGAUCUGGCCUUCCAGAAGCUCCUGAAAACUUGUUUGAUGACAGCAAGCGAGGGUUGCCAAAGGAGGGAUGGACCUUUCAAUUUCCAGGGGGUUCAGAACUCUUUUUCAUUGUCAUUUCAUUUGUUUUGAUCAGCACAAUAAUGUUUGCAACGACUUAUAUUGUCUGGAAAGUUGGUGCAAUCCAUUUUGAUGAGUAUUAAGGUGGAAUUUGGUGGGAUUCCGCUAUUUAGGUGAGCUACCUCUUCAGAUACAUCCAUAGAAAGAUCACAAACUAUUUGGAUUCAGGUAUUUGCACAAGUUUCUUAUAUUUGUUAGUAAUUUCAUGUCAUUUAGACAAGAUACAUGCAUGAAUGUACAAAGAAUUGCUUGGCUGGCAUUUAUGUAUCAAAGGAAAAUGUAUCAGGAUGCCCUUUUGGUUGUCUUACUCUUACAUGAAUGACAUAGUUUCAAAUUUUAUUUUA